AUGGUUUAUCCAAACAGUGCACAUGGCCAUAAUUUAUCCCUCUACAAAGUAGAGGAAGAAGAAAACAAAAGCGUUUCCGAGUCUACAAAAUGGAUGUCUUCAAAGAUAAGGUUGACGAGAAAAAUGAUUACCCCGACUAACAGUACUGUAGCCACUAAUAACAUAGCAUUCAAUACUACUACUACUACUCCAACAUUCCAAAAUCAUCAAGGGCACGGAAACACCCAAACAAAUGCUUCUACUCACAACGGUAACAGCAUCAUUAGGGUUUGUUCGGAUUGUAACACAAGCAGUACCCCACUAUGGAGGAGUGGUCCUAAGGGUCCCAAGUCGCUUUGCAAUGCCUGUGGCAUUAGACAGAGAAAGGCAAGAAGGGCAAUGGCAGAAGCUGCAAACGGUUUUGCCACUAAUUCCAUGGUUGCAUCAUCUACAAAAACCAGAGUAGUGCAUCACAAGGAAAAGAAAUCUCGUACGAAACAUUUUGCACAGUACAAGAGUAAGAGCAAGGCAACUUCAACUACUAUAGCAGGAACAUCUGAGGGAGAAAAGAAGCUUGAUUUCAAAGAUUUUGCUGUAAGUUUGAGGAAUAACUCGGCUUUUCAGCAAGUGUUUCCAAGGGAUGAAGUAGCUGAGGCGGCCCUGCUUUUAAUGGAAUUAUCUUGUGGCUUUGUUUAUUUUUAAUUAGGAUACUUCUGCCAUAGGAAUUCCCCUUUCUUUAAU